AUGUAUAUUGAGGAGGUGAUAGUAGAUGGCUUUAAGUCAUAUGCGCGUCGUACGACUAUAGGCCGUUUUGACCCCCAGUUCAAUGCGAUUACGGGCCUGAAUGGCUCUGGCAAGUCGAAUAUCCUCGACUCGAUAUGUUUUGUUCUUGGUAUUCAAAACCUUUCGCUUGUCCGUGUGACGACGAUUCAAGAGUUGAUAUAUAAGUCGGGGCAGUGUGGAGUGACGAAGGCGACCGUGACUUUAGUCUUCAACAACUCCGACAAAAGUGUUUCUCCGACGGGGUACGAGUCGUUUGACACGGUCAACGUUUCACGACAAAUUACAGUUGCGGGGAAGAACAAAUACAUGUUAAACGGUCAGAUGUUACCGCAGUCUCACAUCCUUACGUUCUUUCGAGCAAUUGGCCUGAACGUGAACAACCCACACUUUCUCAUCAUGCAAGGCAAAGUGAUGGAAGUCGUCGAUAUGAAGCCAAAAGAGAUAUUAGCAAUGAUAGAAGAAGUCACAGGUACUAAAAUGUAUCAAACCAAACGGUUAGAAGCCGUUAAAGUACUUGACAAAAAAGACGCAAAGCUUGCGGAGAUAGAAAGCGUCUUGAAAAAUGAGAUCACACCAGCGAAAGAGAAAUUAAAAAGAGACGCCGAAUCACUCACAAAUUUAAGAACAAAGAAAGCACAGGCAGACGCUAUCGAAAAUAACUUGAAGAUAUUCUCUUAUUUGAAGAAUCAAAAUACUUUAAGAUCGUCACAAAAGGCGUUGAUGACACUGAAAACAACUCAACAACAGACGAUUGAAAAACUUGAAAAACUGAAGCAAAAAGUGAGUGAAAUGGCGGAGGAUUUCGUCGAAGACAAACUUGAGAGUUACGAUGGUGAGGAGAGUCGAUUGAAUAAAGUCGAGGAGGAGAUUGAAAUAUUGAAAACGCGAAUUGCGGGUGAGAACACCCAUUUGAAAACGAUCAGAAACAAAAAGGAGAAACUGAAAAGCGAGAUCAAACGCGUUCAAAAUGAGACUGGAGAUGAUGACGAACGGAUAUUGAGAGAAGUGGAAUGGUCCGAAAAGCGGUUGCAAGAGCUGAAAACACGACUGGAGAAGAUCAAUGGAGAGAAUUUGAGAGAUGAUGUUGCGGAACAAAUUAACACGGAACUUCGCGAAUCAAGAAUUCAAAUGGAAGACUUGAUCCGACAGAAACAACGAGCAAUUCCACUUGAAGUGAAUGUAGAAGAGAUGCAGAGGACUGUUGAUGAAAUUAUCAAAGAAGAGAAUGUCCUUCGUGAAAGAGUCGCUCAGUUCCAGAAGGAAAACCCGAGUGUUUCUGCGGGGUUGAGUGGAGUGAAUUUAUCAGAAAAGUCUGCGGAAUUACGAGACUUGCAACACAAAUACGACGAUUUGGUGAGAGGACACAACUUUGAAUUUCGAUAUCGGGACCCCACACAAAACUUUAACAGAAGACUUGUCAACGGAUUUGUAUUGAAUUUGGUUGUUCCAAAUGACAUGAAGUAUGCGAGUGCGUUGGAGAUCGCAGCGGGUGCAAAGUUGUUCCACGUUGUGUGUGAUAGCGAUGCGACAGCGACGUUGGUGAUGCAGCGCGGAGGGUUAAAGAAGCGCAUGACAUUUGUGCCAUUGAAUAAGAUCUCUCCACAAGUAGCAAAUCCAAAUCAGAUUAGAAAGGCAAAGGAGAUUGGAGGAGAUAAAAUUUAUUAUGCGAUGGACGUUGUUGGGUAUCCAGAAGGACUUGAAAUGGUUGCGAAGUACGUUUUUGGCAAUGUUCUGAUCGCAGAAGACGAGGAGACUGCGAGGAAAGUGUGUUUCCAUCCACAAGUGAUGAUGAAAACAGUUACUAUACUUGGCGAUUUGUAUGAUCCUUCUGGUGUGUUGACUGGUGGGUGCAAGCCGAAGGCGUCUGGAUUUAUUAGUGAGGUUUCUAAACAACGAGAUGUAUUAAAACAAAUUGAGAUCGUCAGAAGAGACGUCGACCAGUUGCGAGGAAUUACCGACAAGUUGGAUGAACGCGAGAGAGAGGAGGAGCAACUGCAGAUUGUCAUUGCGAGAAGGAAGGCUGCUGAGAAAGAGAGGGAGCGUGUCGAGGCGCAGAAGGAAGAACGAGAGCAGGCGAUUAAAGAGCGUGAAAUAGUCGAGAGAAAAAUCAGUGAAAAGGAGAAUGAAAUGCGCGAGUUGAUAAAACGGAGAGACGAAGUUUUCAAAGAGCGUAAGCGGCUUGAAAAUGGCGAGAAAGAGACGGUGAAGAAGGAGAUAAUAAAGAAGAUCAAGACGGAAGAGAGUGUGUUGAACGCGAAGAUGCAAGAGAAACAAAAAGCAGAAGAGAAGAUGAAGAAGUUAGAGAUUGAGAAGAUGAAAGUUGAGGAGUGGAGUAAAGAAGUAGAAAACCAGACGAACAGUGAGAGGGAAGUUGAGAAAGGAAUCGCGCAAAUUGAAAGUCAGAAGAAUGAUAAACUGCGGGAGGCUGAAGAUGUGCGGAAACUGAUUGGGACCAUUAAAGAGCGAAAUCUUCAGACAACGCGGAAGGUGAAUGAGAAGAGUGAAAAGAAGAAAAAGAUCAAUCGCGAGAUCAACGAGUUGGAAAUGGCGAAUAAACGACUUGAGAAGGAUGUGAGUGAGAAGGAAGGAGAUGUCGAACGGAUGAGUGAAGAGAUCGAACGCAUAGAAAAGAAGAAUGCGUGGAUUAAAAGGGAGAGUACGAACUUUGACAUCUCACGGAUCACUGCAAAAGAGAUUUCUGAUGCGAAGCAACAACUUGAACAGAUGAGGAAAGAAGAGUUUGAGAUUGAAAAAGGUGUCAACAAACAAAUUGUGUUUCAUCAAGACAAAGUCGAAAAGGAAUUCAAAGAACUUAUUUCGCGUAAACACAUCAUUGAGACCGACAAAGACAAAAUUGUGAAAGUGAUUAAAGAUCUUGACGAUAAGAUGCAAGAAGCUAUUCAAACGGCAUUCAACUUUGUUAAUGAGAAAGUUGGCGAAAUCUUUGGGACGUUACAUCCGGGAGCAUCAGCUCGCCUUGUCCCAACUGACGGCAACUCCAUAUACAAAGGAAUAGAACCACAAGUUCGUCUUGGCGAGUUAUGGAAAGAGUCGUUAAUGGAAUUAUCUGGUGGGCAGAAGUCGUUAUUAGCGCUUUCCCUCAUCUUAGCAAUAUUGGUGUAUAAACCGUCACCGCUUUAUAUUCUCGAUGAAGUUGAUGCUGCGCUGGAUGUCUCGAAUACACAGAACUUUGGUGCGAUGCUCAAGAAACACUUCAAAACGUCACAGUUUAUAGUUGUUUCACUGAAGUCGGGGAUGUUUGACAAUGCAAAUGUGCUGUUCAACACUAAAGUGAUUAACAACAUCUCGAGUGUCGUUCGUACUGUUGGGAAGAAGCCAACGCGUCAUACCCGCGACGAUGAAUAA